CGGGACUUAUUGUGAUUAUUGUGACGUUGUCCGUCCUGUUCUGGUGGGAGAUCGAAGUGACGGAGAGGCUGAGGACGAUCCACUCAACAGUAACGUGGUGGUACAUCCUAGUGGUGGCUGAAAGCAAUGGGCUGAACCUUUUGCUUGGGGGUUGACUAAACGCACCACACACACACACAGCGCAGUCCCCCUCCGCACACACUCAACUCACACACACACACGCAGAGCCAUGUCCAACAACCAGAGAGCCCGACGCUCCGCGCGCUGCUGCUACAGAGCGAAUUCAAAGUUCGAUGCCGACACGAAAGAAAGAGCUUGAGUGAAGUUUGUUUGGUUCAACCGGGUUUUGGUGUUUGGUUUGCAAAAACUUUUUUAUUAUUAUUAUUAUUUUUUUUACCGUUAUUAUUAUUUUUUAUUUUUUUAUUUUUCGAUGACCAAGGAGGGGAGGAGAGCGCAACCAGGGAAACCCGGAGACAUGCAGGAGUAAAACAAGACAAACUUCACCGCGAUCAGAAGACUGAAGCCACUUCUUUAUCCGAACACAUGCUGAGUGUUAAAUCCCACUGACUGAUCGCUGCAGGUCACGGAAAACCGCGCGUCAAAGUUUUGGCAAAGCGGAGUUUGCGCCAGAGAACUCCCCCCUGCAAACCAAACAUCCACUUUACUCGCAGAGAUAAGAGAAGAAAAAAAAAACUGAAACAUCUCAGAGACUGAUUGUCGCUUCAUUUCCGACAGGAACAGUUUUCAGUCUCCGAAGAGGGGGGAAAAAAAGAAGUUACUGAGAGACAAAGUGCGAGAGAGACGGACACUUUUCAGAAGUUAUGCGCAAAAGUGGCACCAUGAAGUGAUGCAGAUCAGAAGACUGUGCGCUUUGUGAAAAAGUGAAGGGAGAGGAGCCCGGCGUUCCCAGUUGGAGACCUCACUGUGAACUGGGCAAAACAGGAGGUUUUGUGAGUUGUGUUGUUGGGGGAGGUAAAGAAAGACAAAAAAAGAGAGAGAUGGAUAAAGUCUGAGAGGGAAGCGGCUAAUUGCUUAGUCCGUCCCUCAUUACCAUAUCCAAUGCGCGUCCGCUGGACUCCAGCCAAUCCUCCCCACCUUCACACGGUGCCAUUAAUCGCGAGGCAUUAUUCACUAUCAUAAUUAUUAUCCCGACAUGCGCAAUCCCACGCACAGCAGCAGCGGCAACAGCAGCGGCGGCGGCAGAAGCAGCAACACCGGCUAAUUUCCCACCUCCUGCCAUCCCAGACACUUUCUGCGAACUUUUUGUGCGCGUUGAUCCGCUCGCUCUUCGCUGAUGCAGCUGCAAAACGCAGACGCAUCUCGGAGCGUGAACCCAGCAGCAGCAUCUCCAGCCCUGACGCCAGCAGCAGCAUGUCCCGACGCAAGCAAGCCAAGCCGCAGCACCUCAAGUCGGACGAGGAUCCCGCUCUAGCCGGGGUGAACUCUGAGCACGCCCGAGGUGAUGUGCUGGAUGAUGCAGACAGUGGGAAUGAGAGCCGCAGCGGCAGCGAAGAGACUCAUGUUUGUGAAAAGUGCUGUGCCGAGUUCUUCAAGUGGUCAGACUUCUGUGAACAUUUAAAGAGCUGCACCAAGAACCCCCUGGUGCUCAUAGUGAAUGACAAUGAGGAUACACCUAACCCCUCCCAAGAGUACCCCUCACAACCCUCACCUGUUCUCAGCUGCCCCAGUGAGCAAGAUGACAGCGAGGAUGCCAGGGAGGGCAAUCAGAGUCCUGUCGGUGAGGGGGAUGACAUCCCAGAGACAGAUAACUUAAAUGAGGUCAAUAUCCUGGAAAAGGAGGAUGAGCAGAUGGAGCUGGAGCUUUCUCCUGAAAAAACCCUAGAACUCGAAGACAGAGACGUGACAUCCCCUGAGCCAGAUGGCUCUCUACCUCAGCUCAACGAUGUGGUCCCCUCUGCUGUUACAAGCUACGCUAUGCCAAGCACCAAUGUUACCUUGGAGACUCUGCAUGGCACUCGGGUUGCAGUUGCCCAGUUUUCACAGAGUGUAAGGGCAGCAGCAGGCAGUGGGGUUUCCACCAUGGCUAUUCCCAUGAUCCUGGACCAGCUUAUGGCCCUCCAGCAGCAGCAGAUUCAUCAGCUACAGUUAAUUGAACAAAUUCGAAGUCAGGUGGCCCUCAUGAACAGACAGUCUGCCCCACAAUCUGCUGUCAGUCACCAUCAUAACAGUGCUGCUGGAAACUUGGGGUCUGCAUCUUCCUGUGUCCCUCCUGUUGCAAGUCAGCUUCAUCUGCAUAACUUUGUCACACCCCCUGUCCAUCAACUGCCUGUCAGGUUGCCAGCCACUCUUAAUGGUCAAGGACCUUCACCUCUGACCUCAGCAAUAGAAGGGCCCAUCUCUCAAACACCACAGAGUAGCACUCAGCAGUCCACCUCUUCAGUUCCAAACACAUCCACAAAUAACUCAGUGUUUCCUCCACCGAGUGGUGCUGCAUUGUCAUCUCUACACCCUUCCUGCUCAUCUGCUGUCUCGACUAACAACAGUAACACUAGUAGUAGCAUAACAGGAGGUGGUGGCAUCAGUAGCAGCUCAGCUCUUCCUAGAAACUCCACUACCCCUCCCUCACUAAAUCACAGCAGUUUCCUGAGCUCUGCCUCCAGUUUACCACUGAUACCUCACAGCUCCUCGAGCAGCGUCAUCUUCCCCAAUCCACUGGCCAGCAUAGCAGCCACAGCCAAUGCACUUGAUCCCCUUUCUGCUCUAAUGAAGCACCGCAAGGGAAAACCCCCCAAUGUGUCUGUGUUUGACACUAAGCCCAGCUCUGAAGACCCCUUCUUUAAGCAUAAGUGUCGAUUCUGUGCCAAGGUCUUUGGCAGUGACAGUGCUUUGCAGAUUCACCUGCGUUCCCACACUGGAGAGAGGCCCUAUAAAUGCAACAUAUGCGGGAACCGUUUUUCUACCAAGGGGAAUCUGAAAGUCCACUUCCAGAGGCACAAGGAAAAAUACCCACAUAUUCAAAUGAAUCCUUACCCUGUGCCAGAGUACCUGGACAAUGUACCAACAAGCUCAGGCAUUCCAUAUGGCAUGUCUUUGCCCCCAGAAAAACCUGUUACAACAUGGCUGGACAGCAAACCUGUACUCCCCACUGUCCCCACCUCUGUUGGGCUUCAGCUGCCUCCAACGCUCCCAAGUAUGAUUGGAGGUUAUAAUGACUCUCCAAGCCUCACUCCACUUAACAGAUCUCCUCAAAGGCCUUCUCCACCCACAAGUGAGUGUGCAUCUUUGUCCCCAAAUAUCACCACUGACUCUGGCAUGACCACUACGUCACCUUCCCCAAAACCCAGCUUUAGAAGUGAUGCACCUCCUAUCUUAAAACCUGAAGGCAUUCUCUUGUCCCCAAGUUGUUCUAGUAGGCCUGGUGAAAACACAAUCACCACAACUACAGUGACUCAAGUGCUUCUUUCCACCACUGUCACCUCCACAACACCCGCAGGCAGUGGCCAAGUCACUGAGCCUAUCAGUAGCCCAAAUUCUGUUUCUAAUUCCAUCUCUCAUCCAGUCCUUCCAAUGCUGUCUGACCAGUUUAAGGCCAAGUUUCCCUUUGGAGGCCUCCUAGACUCUAUGCAAACCUCAGAGACAUCAAAGUUGCAGCAGCUUGUUGAGAACAUUGAUAAGAAGAUGACUGAUCCGAACCAGUGUGUUAUCUGUCAUCGUGUUCUAAGCUGCCAGAGUGCUCUGAAGAUGCACUACCGUAUCCACACUGGUGAGAGGCCGUUCAAAUGCAAGAUAUGUGGACGAGCAUUCACCACUAAGGGAAAUCUAAAAACACACUUUGGUGUCCACAGGUCCAAACCUCCUCUUCGAGUCCAGCACUCCUGCCCUAUAUGUCAGAAGAAGUUUACCAAUGCUGUUGUGCUACAACAGCAUAUUCGUAUGCACAUGGGAGGGCAGAUCCCCAACACCCCUGUCCCAGAAAGUCUGCAGGAUAUGGAAACUGAUGUCUCCUUUGAUGAAAAGAGCUUAGAUGCAAUGAGCAACUAUGAUGAUGACCUUCUGGAUGAAAUGGAGCAGGCUAUGGAUGAUGAAGCAGACUUUAAAGAUGGAGAAGUCGACCCAUCUAAACCUUAUUCACCUGGGAGCUCCCCACCAACUUCAAUCAUCUCCAGCAUUGCUGCGAUGGAAAACCAAAUGAAGAUGAUUGACUCUACUGCCAACAUGACCCACUCAUUUGGCUUGAAACCUUCACAGAAUGGCAGCAGCUUUGCAGGAGAUACUGACUGCUUCACCACAGAUUCCUUGAAUGCAGUGGGGGAUGCUGAAAGUCAAAGCUUGGGGAGUCCGGCUUUGUCUGAGUCUUCUGGCUCAUUGCAGCAUUUGUCCCCAGCUCACAGCCAUUCUGGGAGCCAGAGGUCUAAGUCCCCAGCUACAUUCAGUAAUAAUAACAGCAGUGCCAUGAUGGCAGAUGAGGGCCAGGAGAACAAUUCAGCUGGCAUGACAACAGUGAAGUCAGAAAAAUCAGAGACCCCAUCACCUCUUUCUGGAAAUGAAGGCACUGGGGCCCUUGAUCUGACUGCCACUCAACCUAGCAGGCAUUUCAUCAAGGAGGAGAGCCACUUCAACAUGUUGUUUCUAAACAGAGAUCGCGGCCUUGGAACUCCUAAUUUAGCCAGCACUGCAUCAAACAUGAUCAAAAUGGAAAUGAAUGGACAUGGCAAGUCUUUGAACGACAACUCACACUUGCCAGUGGGCAUUCCGGUUCCUGCUGCAGCAACCCCAACCACAGCGAGCCCUGGCAUCAACCCCAUGUUGGCCCCCCCACCUCCACGUCGUACUCCUAAGCAACACAACUGCCACUCAUGCGGGAAGAACUUUUCUUCGGCCAGCGCUCUGCAAAUCCAUGAGCGGACACACACAGGAGAGAAACCAUUUGCCUGCUCUAUUUGUGGAAGGGCUUUUACCACAAAGGGCAACCUGAAGGUUCAUAUGGGAACACACAUGUGGAACAAUGCUCCAGCUCGUAGAGGUCGGCGCCUGUCGGUGGAGAACCCUAUGGCUCUGUUAGGUGGCGAUGCCAUGAAGUUCAGUGAGAUGUUUCAAAAGGACCUGGCAGCCCGGGCCAUGAAUGUCGACCCAGGCUUCUGGAACCAGUACGCUGCUGUCAUCACCAAUGGCCUGGCUAUGAAGAACAAUGAGAUUUCUGUGAUUCAGAAUGGAGGCAUCACCCAGCUGCCCGUCAGCCUUGGCGGAGCAGGAAUCACCUCUUUGGGAGCUAUGCCUGGGGGGAUGGAUCGUGUACACACUGGCAGCAGCCCUCCCAUGACGGGUAUAGAGAAGGCUGGUCUGGAGGUUUCAGUCAGCCGACCGUUUUCCAGAUACUUGGAAGAGAACAAAGAAAUUGGGAUAAAUUAAAACAUUUUUCUGUAUUAUUCCAAAGUAGCAGUUUGGCAAAAACUAAGAGUUCAGAAAAUUAUUAAGGAGAGAAACUGCUGAUCCAGUUUAAACUCAUGCAUACUAAACUGUGUACAGAUUGAAUAAUUUUUGUUUUAUUUUGGAAGUAUAGUAUUUAGUACUGAAUAGGGGCCUUUGCCCUUCACCUUUCCCGUCUCACUUGAUAUUUCGUCUACACAAAGAAAACUUGUCUCUCGUUUGAGAAUAUGUCGUCUUGCAAGAUAAUGCAUGGUACUUAUUUGUUUUUAUCUGUACAUUUGACCGCUUUUCUGAAUUCCUUUGAGGAACCAGGAUCCUGCCCAUGUGAUAAUGGACAAACAUCUCAUGUGGACAGGACUAAUACACAUGAGAACAUUUUUGCUUAAAGACAGUCGAACAUUUGUCCUACAACCUAGUUUGUGGUUGCUCUUUUAAAUACGAGGAUAUGUUGACAGACUGAAGAAAAGAACGAAGUUUAGUGUUUUUGUGCUCGCCUGAUAUAUAUUUUUUUCAUGAACUAGGAAACUUGAAAAAAAAACCAACGUUUAAACUAUUUUAAUCUUUCCAUUUAGUCUCUCAGCAUUGUCUUAUACUGUUGUCCCGUGUCUUUAGUAUUUAUGAUAAUAACAAAAAAGCGGGUAUAGGAAAUAUAUAUAUAUAUAACAGCCCAAGCAUUUUAUUCAUGUUUUUAAAUUGCAGGCUUUACUGAAAAAAGUUGCUGUUGAUAAAGACACUAUGUCAUUUUAUUUGAACAACAGAGAAAAACUGUAGGUUUUAUUUGGAUAUCUGUUGACAUCAUGUGUAUCUUCUUAUAUGAUAAAAAGCAAAAGAUAUCCAAAGCUGCUAUGACCACAACCCAGCUUUUAACCUUUGUAAAAAGAAAAAACGAAGAAAGAGGUGAAACUUUUGAAAAAAAAUAUCUAUGUAUAGAAAUUCAGACAAAUCUAAAACAGGUAUGCAUAUUUUGUAUCACAUAAAAUAGACAUCAUGAGUUGAGAGUAUUUGUCAUGUUUGUGAAUGCACUUUUUAAAAACAAGACGUUUUUGUCUGUGAGUUACCGUUAACCUUUUGACUGAUCUAUCACGUGCUGUUUUUAUUGUUUUCAGCGGCCACUCCUCCAGCUGACAGAGUCUCUUCUGUUGUUGCAUCUGUGCUACUCGUCAGAGUGCAAACUCAUCACUCAAUCAAAAUCUUCUCAAAUAAAAAAAAAAUACAAAUGUGUGUCUGAA